AGCCGCAAAAUAGCCCUGCUUCUCCUUAUACCUUUGUUCAGCACACUGACCUUCUCUUCAUGCGUAGGAGCUGCAAGCAACUUUGAAGGUCGACACACACAGACACACACACAUAUAUAUGAGGGCUAGAAUGUUGUUUACCAGACGGAGUCUGGGCACCUGCGUACGUCAUACAGGGCCGUUCUCAGGAAAGGCGCCUCUUUACCUUUCUAUCCGCUGUUGCGCCACGACAUCGUCGGUCUCUCUCACGCACAGUAGCACCGUACCUCAGUCAAACGUCAGUCUGUCCUACACGUGUCGCUUACUCGACACUAUCUGUGGCGCGGACCAGCCGACCUUCGUCAAGCGGAAGCGCAUCCAAGGAGCGGUGCGUAAAAUGGAAGCCGGAAUAGUGGAUAGUUUUGCAGCCGCCAGUUCCACCGUGUCACCGGCGGAGAAGCAGAAGCUGCUGCGGCGAUGGCUGCAGUCCCUCUCUCACAGUGUCGAAUACAUGCCGCGGCUCGAAAGCUGUGGCGCGGAUGAUGCGACAGAGCCGGAGCGAUUCUCGUCCCGCUCUCCCCGGCGCAGCCGCCACACUUCAGCCGGUGACGCGGAGACGUGGUCCGGGGCCUCACCUUUUUUUUCGUUACAGACGAGCGACGUCCUGUGCCUCUGCCUUCGCGAGUGUGUCAUGAACGUGGUGGACACACAGCCUGAGCUUCUGCAGGAGCUGUUGGAGUACGCCGUGGUGUUGGAGCUCGGGGACGCAGAGGUACUCCAACACAUGCUGCACGCGCUGACGAAAACGGACGUGUGCCGGCGCCGCACGGCGGCAGAGGUUGUGCAGCUGCUUCAUUACAUCUCCCUCGCUGCGAAGCGCUGCAAGCUGCCCGCCCCUCCGCUGGACCGCCUGUUGUCUGUGCUCUCCGGUGCGACCCUGACGGCCCGCGAGAGCCUCAUGGUGCUUUGCGCGUUGCACCGCAUUCCCACCGUGCACGCCGGCGACGUCGUGACAUCCGUCUCGCGCAAGGCUGCCGCACAGGCGUCGACGUACAACGUGAAGGACGUCGUGUAUGGGCUAGAGAUUUCGGCGUUGCUGGCGGGGUGCAACGUGGCCUACGCGGCCGCCGUGCUGGACCGAGCGGGCGUUCUUGCCCCUUCCAUGACGCCGAGACAAUUGGGAUCUGUCUGCAAGUACGUCGCUCUUCUUAACACGACUCGUCGGCAGAAUACGCUCGCCUACUCCUGCGGUGCGGAGCUCCGCCGCCUUCUUCCGCUGCUGGUAGAGCGUGCGGAGCAGCUGCUGGGGCAGUUUCAUCUACGCGACUCGCGUAACGUGCUACGCUGCUUUCGCGAGCAUAAGGUGCGUCAUUCGUUGAUCUUCUCUCGCCUGACACCACUCGCCGAGGAUAGUUGA